AUGAAGAACCAGUCCAGAACAACCGUGCCAAGGGACGAUGAGGAGCAUUCGGCUGCCAGCCUGUGGGAUGCAUACUCAGGCCUCUUAAGUCACCAGUCCAUGAUCUUGGCCAUAAACUCCAGCUUUAUGGAUCCCUUAUUGCAAUUUGAAACUCAAUUGAAGAUGAUGGAGACAUGCUUUAAAAUGUUAGUUACCAUACCAAGUCUCGACGAUGUAAAAAAAAUUGGGACUAGUGAUGAGGAGGUGGAGGACCUGAUGAAUUUAUACCAGAAUAUUUUAAAUGUAUGCGAAGACACUCUUCUCAUCUUGGUGUCUAAAGACCUCUACAAACUACAGAUUUUAACGGAAAUGACCGUGUGGAUGAGUCAAGAUAGUUCAUACCUGCAAGACAGAGUAGUAAUGAUCAUUAGCAGAGUGUUGAGCUUUGCAUCCAGGAAAGUCAAGGGAUCUAGAAGUGUUGAUGCUCCCUGUUUGGGUGUCCUGGCGGCAGAACUGUCGCUUCUGUGUUUCCAUGAUGAUCCCGCAAUCACCCAACAAGCUUCAUUGGGAUUAUACCACGUCUUUCACAUUGCAAAGUGUCAGAUUGCAGAUAUUGAAAAGCUUAAACCCCCCAUGCAUGGAAGUUACUGCACCCUGCCUGCUCCAUCGGAUGUAGAAGUCCAGCCCAAGUUAUUACAGGACAAAAAUAAAAUUUCUGAGAAAGUAGGACAGACCUUAAUUCCUACCUUGCUGACUGACUUUGUGUGGACUCUUCUGAUGAAACUUUCUAACCAGGAUUACAAAAUUGCAUCUGAGGCAGCAUCCUUAUUGAAAUUGACUCUGGAAUACCACUCCCAGAAGGUCACCGUGGUUUCUAAGAUUGUGGAUACUAUUUAUAAGCAAUUGUGUAAAAAUACUUCUCACCAUAUGAAGCAGGCUAUGUUGCGGGUCAUCACCUUAUUGACCCGCACUUCACCCAAGAAGGUCAUCUUUCAACUUAUGGACUACCCAGUCCCAGCAGACAUCAUUCUCAUAAUGAUGUGGCAGGCAGCAGGUUCCGAAGCAAAAGUGGCCCCUCACGUGCUGAAGACAAUCUUGUUGAUACUGAAAGGAAAGCCUGGGGAAAUGCAAGAGGUCGUGAUGGACAGAAGACGCUCCUCUCUUGAUGCUACCAACAUGAUGCCUGUGGCGGCAUCACAGGCCCUGUGCACAUUGCUACCUGUUGCUUCCUACAAGAAAGCAGUGGCCCAGUUUUUCCCCCAACUCCUGAUGGCUCUCAUGUUCCAACUCUUCUACAGCAGUGAUCCAAGACUGAUAUACCUGGACAGGCCUUUAUAUGCCCGGGAUGCCCUGAGAGUUCUGCUGAAUUGUUCUGGACUGCAAAAGGUGGAUAUUGCCCUAAAGAAAAAGAAUUGUUGGAGCAACUUUUCCCAACCACUGUAUUACCAUCAUGGGGUCUACCUCAUUGCCAAAACUCUCAGUGAGAAUAACUUUCCACAGUUUCCAGAGACCUUGCAUUAUCUCUACAAGAUCUCAGUGGAAGGUCCUAGACGGUCAGAAGACAGUAUCAUCACAGUAAUAUUCCUCACUGAACUUCUGAAUAACUUUUUCAAGGAUCCAUUCCCAGAAGAGUUUUUGGUCCUCUUCAGAAACUGGAUCAAUGAUUUAAACCCUGCAGUUAGCAAACUGAGCCUGCAGAAAAUUGCCAACAUGGCACCAGUUAUCAAUAAGAUAGAAAAUGUCAACAGCUUAUUAAUAUCCAUCCUGGAUGCCUUCCUUUCCAAAGACAAGACAGUUGUAAUUCGGGCUAUGUUCACCCUCCGAAGACUUUUAACCAGACUGGACAAGUCGGACUACUCAUCUUUGUGCACCAGACUUGCUGCCAGUUACCUCCCUCUGAUAGACCAUAGUAACGGAGGUGUUCGGAGUAUAGCCAUUCGACACUUUGGUAGAUUACUCAAAGAUAUGAGUGAGUACACAUGGAUGUUGAAUGAUGUGAUCCUAGGAGCCUUGGUGCCCCUGAUCCUGUUUUUGGAGGAUAAAGAGAUAAGAGUAGUUAACGCAUGUAAAUAUACAUUAGAAAUCUGCGCCACACAAUUAAAGUGGUCUACACCGUCUUUGCUCAAAGAUAAAAACUACAAUUUUGAGCUGGUGGUAAUCAACGUCUGUAACAAUCUUCUUGUUUCUCACAAGAGCUAUAUUACAGAUUUGAUUUCUGAUAGUUUAGGAUUCCUGGGCAGCUCCCGAGGAUAUCUGAGGAGAGGAUCCAUUAUUUUAAUAGGAUACUUAGCAAAAUUGGGUGGCCAUUUCCUCAUCAAAGGUGAAAUUGAAGUCAUGAUUGAGGCUGUUGAACGAGUGCUUCGGGAUGAAGACCCUGUAAUCAGAGGCUUGGCAGAAAUAACCCACGACCUUUUUAAGGAAAUAGCCCGUUCGAUGAUCUCCCCAAGUCUUACAAAAAACUUCACAAGACUCUUUAAGUUCUGCUAUGUCAAAAAAUUGAAGCCUCUUUAUAAUUAUAACUUGCCCUCCAAAACCCAGACAGACAAUCCUACAGAGAGUAAAGAUAAUCAAGAAUGA